CAUAUAAAGCAAGCCUAUCUUUGCAGCUGUCUGGGAAUGUCCAUCGCUUUCCAUUACUCACCCUCCAAAUUUACUACCCAAAGAAACAUGGCUACCCAUCAUCCUGCAAUUCAAAUGACCGGCGUCAAGCAGCCGUUGACGUUGGUUCAAGUCCCGACCCCCAAACCCCAGCACAACGAAGUCCAGGUCCGAAUAGAAUGGGUACCCUCCGCACCCUUGGACGUGUACCAAGUAGAAGCUGGCUUGAUGGUUCAGUUCCCUCAAGGUCUCGGUGACAGCGGUGCGGGUACCGUGGUGGCAGUUGGGCCCGGUGUCGAGCGCCUUCGUGUUGGUGAUCAGGUCUUUGGCUUCUUCUUUCACCGCGAGAAGGAAAAGGGCCAACAGAUCUAUGUAACCGCGCCAGAACACUUAUUUGGAAAGGUUCCCCCUAGUAUACCGCUAGCCGCUGCGGCUACGGUACCGACGAACUUCGUUACCGCAUUUCUGACUCUGUCCGACAAGCUGAACCUGGACCUGCCGUGGCCACGUCCCUCCAAUUUCCACCCUCAGGACCAACACGUACCAAUUAUCGUUUGGGGCGCAGGGAGCUCUGUUGGCCAAUUCGCAGUCCAGAUCCUCAAAUAUUGGGGCUACACGAACGUCAUUGCAACGGCAUCUCCCAAGCACCACACAAAGAUCAAGGGCUACGGUGCUAAACAUGUCAUUGACUAUCAAGACCCGAACGCUGUUGACAUGAUUCAAAAGAUACUUCAGACAGAAAGCCCCAGCCUCCCUAUUCGCGCCUUUGAUUGUGUGUCCUCGAAGUCCGGGUCGCUGCAGCACAUCGCCGAAAUCGUAACUCGGCCGGGCUCAACUAUAGCCGCUGUUCUUCCUGUGGUUAUUCGCUCUCCUUCACACAAUGACGGCGUACAUCUUUCGGCUGACGUUGUCGGGGGAGCACCCUGGGUGCCCGGCGUGGAUGUCCAUGGUGUUAUAAGCUAUGACUUUGAAGCGGAUAAUUUCUUGAAGGACCAUCUGUUACCGGACAUUGCUCCCACGCUGCUCGAGUCGGGUGCUGUUGAGCCGAAUAAGUAUCGUGAAAUUCAAGGCGACUCGCUUUUGCAGAGGGCUUCCACGGCUUUGGAUAUUUUGCGAAGUGGCACUGUCAGUGGAGAGAGGCUCGUUUGGAAGGUUUGGACCGAGGAGGAAUACCCACAGUAUAAGUAA